AUAAGGAAGCAAGCAAAGAGAAGAGCACAGAAAGGUGAAUGAACCAAAGCAAUCGUGUUGGAGAAUUAAAAACACCGUUUUCGUCCACACCAACUUGGAAAACACGUUACGUCUCAAACCAAAUGGAGGAGGAAGAAGAUGCGUCGCCACCCUUCUGGACGGAAAACGGGGGCGGGCGCCGCCGCCUCCGCCGUUCCUACUCCCUGUUCCUCAGCUCCGGGGCACUUCUGAUAUGCAUUCUGGUGAUCGCACUUGCAUUCACGUUGGUCAUCAUUCCCACGUUGCACUCUUUCGCCACAAACAUUUUGAAACCCAAUUCGGUGAAGAAGAGUUGGGACUCUCUCAACUUGCUUCUUAUCCUCUUCGCCAUUCUCUGCGGCUUCCUCGGCAAGAACACCGGCGAAGGCUUCUCCGACACGCCACACGAGUACGACAAACCAAACCCCCCAACACCGCCACAAUGGUACGAGGAUUCUGAUCUCACGCCGUAUAAGUCGUAUAACAGGCUCAGGAGCUUCAACUCCUACCCGGAUCUCCGCCAAGACUCGCCGUGGCUUGCCGCCGAUGAACGGUGGCGGUUUUACGACGACACGCACAUCAACGGUUAUAAGGUCGGAGAAGAAGAGAGUGACACGAACGUACAGGUGGUGAAGAAGGAAGUUCCGCCGCCAACGCCAGCUCCGGCGGAGAGGAGGAGCGAGCAAAAGAAGAAUAAGAGAACAAGUGCAACUAAAGAGUUGUUGACAUCUUUGAAGGGAAAGAAGAAGAAACAAAGACAAGGAAGCGUUGAAAAUGUUAAGAGCAUUUCUUCGUUACAUCCUCAAACUUCCUCAGUUAUUCAUAAUAUGUUUCCUUCAAAGAAAAGCGAGAACAAGAAACUAAACUCUGCUUUGUCGCCGCAUGUUUCAUUAUCCAAAACCGAACCGGUUCAUGGGGGUGUGACUACUAUCGUUGCAUCAAACAAGAGAGAGGAUUUCUAUGGCAUGGAAGAAAAUCUGGUCGAUACUGGUAACGAGUCGCCUUUGAUCCCAAUACCUCCGCCACCGCCACCACCGCCGUUCACGAUGCCGGCGUGGAAGUUUCGGGUGCAGGGUGACUUUGUUAGAAUAGAUAGCAUUAGUAGUUCGAGUAGUGGUUCGCCGGAUGUAGAAGAUCAAGUUGUGGAGUCACCAAGAAGUGAAGAUGGUGAAGAAUCUGGAAUCUUGUUGGUUUAUCCUAACCCUGAUGUUGAUACCAAUGCUGAUACUUUUAUUGAAAGGUUCAGAUCCGGUUUAAGAAUGGAGGAGAAGCAGGGGAUUGGUACGUCCAAUCUACGCCCUUCUACAAAACCGAAAGCUGGACCAAGUGGAGUUUAAGGUGCGAAGUUGGUGAAUGUUUUGUCUUCAUUCUUUGAUUAGUUUGUUUUUGUUUUCUUUCGAGAGUUGUUCUGAAGUGAAUUCUUUUGUUCUCACGUAUGCAUUCGAGUCCAAAUUCAUACAGACGAAUAGGAGGAUUAGUUAUUUUAUAAAAUGAUUUUUGUAUAUUUUUUUAAUGUAUAUACACACUUGAAAUGUUCAGUUUUGGAUGUUGCGGCUUUAUAACUGUUGGAUUCUGUAUGUUAUAUGGUUAGCACAUUCUGUAUAUUACAAUUCUUCCUUUGAACCUAGAGAAACUCUGCCCAGACCAUCCGUGAAACGGUGAAACCAUACAUAGAGCUAAGCUAGACUUUCCUGUUUAAGGUAGGUCCGUUUGUAGACUCCAGCAAGAUCAGUAUAUUACAAGGGAAGUGUUUUACUCAAUCUUAUACGAAAAAUUCUAUGUAAUUUCCUCUUGAAAAAAAAAUAUUAUAGAAUGCAUGGUGGCCUUCUGUAUUAGUUACUAGAUUGUAAUGGAUUAUAUUGUGUUGUAAAAUAUUGCUGGGAACACACAUGAAUUUUCUUUCCAAAGGAAACUAUAUUAACUGCUGUAAAAUAAAU